AUGAAUAAAAUUUCAAUCGUCGAGCAACUUUUGUCACAUUAAGAUUACACACUUGAUAAUAACUCAACUAAUUGCACCUAAGCUUCUUUUGAAGAUGAUAAUAAUUCUCCUUUGAUCCCUUUCUAACGUGUUCACUUCUAGUAGAAGUAUGAACUACCAAAGUGCAUAGACUAAAUAGAAGCAAAAAUAAAUGAUUGGUUGGAUUAGAAUGGUAUAUUUAUGGCAAACCCUGCUGAAAAAGAAGAAAAAUUCUAUGAAAAUAAAAGAAAUAACAUAUGGGCUAACUUUCGUAGUUCAAAUUCAUGUAACAAUUUAGGUAGUAUGACCUAAAUAGGAAGCCAACCUUUAGAUAAUGAAUCAUGCUUAUCCUCACCUAGCCGCAGUCCUGAGCUUAGACUAUUACCAAAACUUAAUAGCAUUUGCGAUCUUAAUUCUGAAUAGGAACUUUCUUUAAACUCUCGUAAGAAUAGUGAUUCUCUUUUUGAGAGAAGAAAAGGAAGAAUGAAAACAAUGCUUGUUCAAGGAUCACCAGUUAUAAAACCUUCAAUAUACUCUUAAAGUAAAACCUAAUCAUAAGAAAGCUGA